ACAUUACUCUCUGGUCGACAUUGAGACGCGAAUGUUGAUCUGUGAUCUGUCAUUCUCGAAUUUUGAUUUAGUUUUCCAAUAGCGUUUGCUUUUGCCGUCUCUCUAAAAUAUUAAUUUGUAUUAUAUAAACAAAGGCAAUAAAUACUAAUAUUUAUUAAAAAAAAUAUUUUUGGUGCGAAAGAAUAUCGGGAUAUUGAAAACCAUGGCGGUCGCAAACGAAAAUGGAAAAAUUUUGGAGUUUUUAGAAUUAGUUGGACGUCUAAAGCAUGUGAAGAGAACUGGUUGGGUCCUUUGUGAUAUAGAGGACUGUGAGUCCAUAGCAGGACACAUGUACCGAAUGGGAAUGAUGACGUUCUUAUUAACAGACAAGAACAAUACAACCCAUUUGGACAUAUUCAGAUGUCUACAAAUUGCUCUUGUGCAUGAUUUAGCUGAAUGUAUUGUUGGCGACCUCACACCUCACUGUGGUGUAACACCAGAAGAAAAACACAGAAGGGAAGAUGAGGCUAUGAAAAAAAUUGCAGAGCUAACUGGUUUUGCUGGUGAUAGAAUGUAUGAAUUGUAUAAGGAAUAUGAAAACCAAACCACCCCUGAAGCCAAGUUUGCUAAAGAUUUAGAUCGUUAUGAUAUGAUUCUUCAAGCAUUUGAGUAUGAAAAACGUGAGAAAGCGCCAAGGAAAUUACAAGAGUUCUUUACAGCCACAGAAGGGAAAUUUAACCACCCAUUUAUACAAAGUUUAGUAGAAGAGCUGUACAAGCAAAGGGAAGAUUUUGAAAACACUUGUGUAGUAAAUGGUCACAUUUAAUACUUAUAACAUCUUUAAAACCUUUAUAAAUAGCAUUUUGAAUGCUUACUACAUAAGUGUCUAGCAAAGCUAGAUUAUUAAAAUUUUUCCUUUGAGGAAUGGGUUAGCAAUGACAACAGUAAAUAUUAGUUUGACAAAAUACUCUACAUAAUUCCAAAUAAUAAAGUACAACAAUAAACAGAGGCAUAUCUAAAGGGGGCCCGGGUGGUCCAUGCCUUUAGCAGAAUUGUGUGGUGCCCACUCAUAUUAUACUACCAUAUAAUCUUAAAACAUCCAGAAUAGGGGACCGGACUCAUUUUUGUUCUUUAUUAUCAUCAAAUAUUUACGUUAUAUAAAUUAUAACACAGAAAGAAAUAUUUAAAUCCGGUAAAAAAUCAACAAGUUAUAAGUCUUUCAAUUUCGGUGGAAGGAAUAAGUAACAAGAAACAGAAAAGAGGCGCAAUAACUACGUGUGACGUCAUCGGGCAUUACGACGCGUGCGAAAGAAAGAUGAAGCGAUAUUCCCACUUCGCGCCCACUUCGGCAUAUAGUAAUAUUUGAAAUAUGAAUUACUGGCUCAUUUUUUAACCAAUUUGAAUGUAGUUGUCGCAGGAGGGUUUCUUUUUCGUAUUAUUAACCAUUACAUAUAGAAUAAUGAACAAAAUCAAACACAGGACGGUCCCCUAUUAUCAAAUCUGUAAGAACGCAGUAUUUUUUUGUGUAGGACAUAAACCGCACCUGGAAAAUGGCUAACUAUGCCAAUGAUAAUAAAUGUAGUAAAACUGCUUUUAAGUAUUUGUAUGAAUAUAAUUUACAUUAAAAUAAAUUUAUCUUACAUUGUUAUUCAGUACAAUAUUGUGAGGCUUCCAUAGUAUUCAGAAACUGCCAUAUAUGUUGUGAGUAAAAAGUAAUAAGUAAUAAAUUUAUCUGCCAUUUUAUAUUGGGCCUGUGUGUGUAAUCAUAUUAGACACAAUAUGACAAUUAACCAAAAAACAAACCAUCACAUAACUUAUUAUUAUCUCACACCAGGCUAAUUAUGAGAAACUGUAUUCGCGUUCCGAAUCUCAUAAAAUAGAUUUAAAAAAAUUAUGGUGUAAGGGUUGUACCAAAGCGUUCGCUGCGACUAAUCUCGCAAACAAGAGUAUAGCAUUUUCCAUGGUUUCGUGCAAUAUUCAUUUUAUAUAUGUUACACUGAUAUUUAAUUAAGUGUAAAAUUGGUCAAUUUUUUUUUUUUUUUAUAUUUUCGAUUUAUAUUUUUACAUAGGUAAUUCUAAAGUUGUCAAUAUACAAGCAAUUAAAAUAUUAUAGUCAGUGCACCCUCAUAUUUAUUGAUUUUAAUUAACAGUUUUCAAAAAUAUUGCCAUUCCAUAAUAUUAACGGGUGCAAAGUAAAAAGAGUUAAUACGAAAUUUCUAGUCUACAAACUAAUGUAUAAAAAGAAAAAUUGCUUUAUUUUUUUACAUUUCUCAGAAAAAAGUCCUGUACAUUUUAUCAGUAAGUAUACUUUAUACACUUACUGUUAGCUAUUUAUUUUGUAAGUAUAAUCUUUUGUUUUAAUAUAACAAGAUUUUACGGUCAUUCGUAUCUACAUCAAGUUAAAUUAUGCCAUAUGGGUCAAUUAACAGUUGGUCGUACAUGCACGGGGUUUGGCUUCUUUUUUAAUGAUAUUUAGUUUGAUUUACAUAAAAAAUAAUUUCAUCAAUUAUUUCAACAUAUAAAAACAUGUCUCCCUGACUAAUGUUAAGUGAAAUAUAUAUGUUAUACAGUUUAGUGCUGUAAAACAAAAUAUUAAGAAACUAAAACAAAGAAAGCAUUUUAUCCGUUGAACUUUUAUACGGGGAAGCGCGAGUUAGAGACGCGCAGUUAGAGGAUUCCUGGGGCUGUAAUCAAGACCCUACAAUCGGUAGCGCUAAUAGAAAACAAAAACAUUGUAUGGGAACGACAUAUGCUAUCGAUAAAUCUAUAUUUAGGAUAUGUCAUUCUCAUACAUCAUUGUGUAACUGUUGUAGGAAGGCAUCUUGGCUACAACCUGCGCUCCCGCAUCAAUGCGACCAACGUUAUUUGUUGAUCACUUCUUGUAAUUUAUAAAAACAUGCAUGUGUUAGCUUUAUUUAUGUACUAAAAUUAAUAACAAAAUAACGCGAAAUUUACGAACAACGAAAUAUAUUGUAGUCUUGUUUAAUUAAAACUAUACUUAAUUAAAUAAUUACAUCAUAUCACAAUCAUUAAGUAAUUUGUAGAUGACGUUACUUACUUUGCACCCGUCGUUGAAUUAAUGUGAUUAACGUAAUGCACCAAAAUAUUUACCAACAGAUGUACUUAUGAAAUCACUACAUUCAUAGUAAAAACGUUAACUGUUCAAGUGAUAAUAAUUUUACGUAAUCGUCUGUGUUAUCUUUCGUUAGCCUAAGUUUAUAAUUCGAAGCUAUUUCUUUGUAUUAUAGAACUUAAGUAUUUUCUUCAUUUAAAGACAAUUUUAUUUACCUAAAUGUACAAAUGUUUUACGGUUUUAGAAAUGUUAAAAGGUUUAUAAUAUGAUUCCGUGACGAAAUGGUUGGCAAAUAUAAGUCGAUAAAUAAUUCGUACCAUGUUCAUAGAAGGUAUGAAUGUAAUAAGGCGGAGAAUGUUUAAUGCAGCCUUUAAGUAUUUUCCAUCUGCUCAAUAUAAUCAAAUUUGCUGAUCACAUUCUCAUAAAUGAGGUUAUAGUAUUAAAAGGUUAUCAAUUAUUAACACCAUACGUGUUGUGUUGAUUUAAACGGAACGCAUGUUUUCUCAAAGCGUAAAGUUUUUCACGAUCGCAAUGAUAUUUAAAUAAUAAUAAAGUAUAUUUAAAACUCGCCCGGCCGCCAUAAUGUACCAGAUAAUUAUAUCUCGUUGCGAGAUCAGCCUCUGUAUAUCCUUCAUACAGGCCGGCAUAAUUGUAUUGACUGGCGAGGGUUAGAUAUCGUUAGUCGCCACUACCUGGACCUUACGUCACUUACCAUCAGAUGCAGUAGUGUAAAUUUAUUGUGUCCGUAUAAAUAAAAGUAGAAAAUAUUAAUGAACUGUAGUUCGAUACCCUGUCGGUAAAAUUUUGAAUAACUGGCGAAAUAGGAGUGUAAUGACAAAACUCAGCCUGUCUAAUAUUAGCUUAUCUAAAUUAACCUUUACUCCUUUUAAUAUAACAGCCCAAGUUUUUUCUUUUAGUUGUGACAAAGUUUAUUGUUUAGUGUAAUAAAAGUGUUAAGUUGAUUGCAUCUGCGAUAGUUAAUUACAAUUUACUAUAAGUAUACCAAUUAUUUUUGUUCCUACACGUAUAACGUAAGGUCAGGGGGCCCUAUUCCGUCAGGAGGUUAUCCGUCUUUUGCAAUUACCGGAGUUCUAAUCAAAGAACAAAAAAUAAAUAGGGCAUUUUUUGACUCUCUUACCUAUCCGGCUAUCGAAGCUAUCCUUCGAAUAAAUCGCCCAUAAUUGCAAAUAGGCGGAUUCGCUCCUAUAAACAAAAUAGGUCCCCCUGACAUCAUUCAACAUUGGUACAAUGAUCUUGUAUUAUGAUUUUCUAAGAAAGCACAAAUGUGAUGAAUGUGAAUACAGUUGAUGUUUUUAUUUGCGUAAUAAAUGAUAAUACUACA